CUCUGCAGACUGUUUGGAAUAGUUUAAAUGCUUUGACACUCUGGAUGUACUAGAUGGCAGGGGAGGCAGUUUACAGCGUAAUUCAUAUGCAAAACUGCACUAUAAAUUUAAAACCUGUCUCAGUUGCCGUGGCACCACUAAGCAUUUCAUCAGCAUACAGUACAGUAUUUCUGCCAUCUUUGUUUGCAUUGCAGUGACUCAUCAAAAGUCUGUCUUGUACCAACACUGAGAGCAUUCCUCUGGCACUGAUAUUUCUCUGUUUUUAAAGCUUCGGUUUGAAACUGGCAUUUACUUCAGGUCCCUAAUCAAAGGGCUCUAUUCAUUGCAGAGAGCAGCCUGAAUGUUAAUCUGCAUCCGGCCUAUUCAUUUAGAUGCUGCGCGCUGCCGGGGAGAUUUGACUUGGUAAAAGCUUGAGCUACAGCAGAUACAAACCCAGGGUUUGAUACUAUAUUUUUUUUUUUUUUCCUCCCCUGAGCGAUCAUCGUCGCUGCGUAUAGCGUGGCAGCCGGGGCGAUACGGAGGGACGCAGAGCCCCUCCGGUGAGCGGCCGCGCUGGGGACGGGCACUGCCGAAGAUGUGCCCUACUUUGGAUAUUCCUGCAUUGAAUGUCUGAGGAGCUCCAGCCGAUCCUGAGCCAUGUCGCAGAUGUUGCACAUAGAGAUUCCCAACUUUGGGAACACCGUUCUGGGCUGCCUGAACGAGCAGCGGCUGCUGGGGCUGUACUGCGAUGUCUCCAUCGUGGUGAAGGGCCAAGCCUUCAAGGCGCACCGGGCGGUCCUGGCCGCCAGCAGCCUCUACUUCCGAGACUUGUUCAGUGGGAACAGCAAAAACGCCUUUGAGCUGCCGGGUACCGUCCCCCCCGCUUGCUUCCAGCAGAUCCUCUCCUUCUGCUACACCGGGAAGCUGACCAUGGCGGCGAGCGAGCAGCUGGUGGUGAUGUACACGGCGGGCUUCCUGCAGAUCCAGCACAUCGUGGAGAAAGGGACGGACUUGAUGUUCAAGGUCAGCUCUCCCCACUGUGACUCUCAGACCACCAUGAUCGAAGACCCCAGCUCCGAGCCACAGAGCCCCUGCAACCAGCUGCAGUCGGCCUCGGCGCCCUACGUCAUGUCCCCCUCCAUGCCCAUCCCGCUCCUCACGCGUGUCAAACACGAGAACCUCGAGCUGCAGGCAGCUGCCCUGCCCGGCCUGCCCGGCAAGCGGCCCCUCGAGCCCGGCGCCCGGGAGGGGGCUGGCGGCGGCGGCCCCAACGCCGGUCCCCUGAAGCUCUCCCGCGUCUCCUACUACGGGAUGCCCAACCUGGCCACCCUCAUCCCCAACGUCCAGCAGGUCCAGUACUCGCAGGGGGAGCGGACGAGCCCCGGCGCCAGCAGCAUUCCCACCACCGACAGCCCCACCUCCUACCACAACGAGGAGGACGAGGAGGACGACGAGGCGUACGACACCAUGGUGGAGGAGCAGUACGGGCAGAUGUACAUCAAGUCCUCGGGAAGCUACUCUGUUGCUCAAGAGAAGCCGGAGCAGAUCCCACUGGAGAACCGCUCCUGUGUCCUCAUACGACGGGAUCUAGUUGCUCUCCCAGCCAGUCUUAUCAGUCAAAUUGGGUACCGUUGCCACCCAAAACUCUACUCAGAGGGAGAUCCUGGAGAAAAACUUGAGCUCGUUGCAGGCUCAGGUGUUUACAUCACCCGGGGGCAGCUGAUGAAUUGCCACUUAUGUGCUGGUGUCAAACACAAGGUCCUUCUGAGACGUCUUCUGGCCACCUUCUUUGAUCGGAACACGCUUGCCAACAGCUGCGGAACUGGAAUCCGGUCCUCCACGAGCGAUCCCAGCAGGAAGCCCCUGGACAGCAGGGUUCUUAAUGCAGUCAAAUUGUAUUGUCAGAAUUUUGCCCCGAGCUUUAAGGAAAGCGAGAUGAAUGUUAUAGCAGCCGAUAUGUGCACCAACGCCCGCCGGGUCCGCAAGCGCUGGCUGCCGAAGAUUAAGUCCAUGCUGCCGGAAGGGAUGGAGAUGUACCGCACGGUCAUGGGCUCCACCACAAACAGUGUCCCCCUGGAUCCUGAAUUCCAGCCCAACACUGCUCAGGUCUUUGAGCAGCGAAUCUAUGCAGAAAGGAGGAGCGAUUCGGGAACUAUAGUAGCCUUGAGAACUAACACAGUGAACGUAGAGCUGAGCAAUGGAUCCAACCAGUCCUUCGAACAGAACGAGGAUGCCGAAGGGGCUGGCUCUGUGAUACAGGAGGCAGCUGCCACAGAUGCUAUGGCAUCGGAUACCCAAAGCACUCCGCAACCUUUUGAACAAGGUUCGGGCUCCUCCAGCCGGCCCGAAACUCCCGUGAGAAGACAAGAUGGUACUUACGGAGGGACUUUAUAAAGAGAGCAAACGUUUCGUGACCUAUAAGGGAUCUGUAAUACUAAAGCUGCUUGCAUGCAUUACUAAUACAAAACAAAAAAUGUGAUCAAGCCACUUACCUACUGAACUGCUACUGUUGCCUGAAAAAAAUGUGAUUUUUAUUCUGCUUGUAUUUAAAAUUUAUGAAGGAAAUAAUCGCAUUCGUUAUACUGUAAACGACUAGGUCUGUGGCGACCUACUUAAAAAAAAAAAUAUUGGGCUCCUUUUUUGAUAUUCCUGAGGUUAGUCUAUAAGAUUGUAGCUUAUUCUUUUUUUUUUUCUUUUCUUUUUUUUUUUUUUAAUUUUAAGAAGGGGAGGAGAAAAGCUAGCCACCCCCCCCCCCCAACCACCACCACCCCCCAUCAUCACCACCCCAUCCAUUACUCAGCUCAGAAGUAAAGCCAUCGUUAACCUUGUCCUCUAAAGAAAGUUUUACCGUCACUUAACAGGAAAGCAAGGUGCGUUAGGGUGCAGGUGCUGUGACUGGCGACGUUUGUCUCUAGCAGGAGGGCUCGAGCCAAGUGGGACAGGGUGGGGGAAAUCAUUAAAGGCUUCUGGUGUCGGAGGGAGCCCCUUGCCGUGGGUGCUGCGGGGCUGGGUGCCGCGGUGCCCGGCCGCUGCCGGAGGCUGGCGGGGGCUCGGUGCCAUUGUCUCGGGGAUUUUUAUCCGGUUCCCCGGAGCAGGGAUGGUUCCGUGGGAGUUCAGGCUUGCACGUGUCGGGAGGACUGCGUGGGAUGCAGGUGGAGAACCUGGCUGGUGUCGUGGUUGUUGUCGGGUUUUUUUUCCCCAAAACGGCUGGGGUUUGGGUUUGGUUUCUCUCUCUCUCUCUCUCUCCCUCCGAGCGAUUCCUUUUCAUUCGCUUCUCCUUGCUCGCACCUUCACGUCACCCGCUUCUCGGGCGAAUGGGCUCGCGUCACCGCGCUGCACCCCGCUGCCUCGGGGCGUGCGGGAGGGCGAACCGAGUCUGAGGGCCACCUCCUGGGGGGGGAGUAGCCCCCCUCAGCUGCCCGCAAAGGGCUGCGGAGUUCUCGCUCCGAAGGGCAUGGAGCUGGGAGCUCUCAGUGUCGGCUCCUGGCAGCAUCCGCACCCGAGCCAGAGCGGGGCCGGCUGGGCUCUCCUGAUUUUAAUAAUUGGGAGUGUAUUGGAUGCAAAAAAGUUUAAGGAAAAAAUAAAUCCGCUUUGUGCCCUUCUGUAAAGAGGUUUUGGGGAGAAGGAAGCGUUUCGCCUCUUGCUAACGCUCCGGACAGGCCCUUCUGGUGAAAAGCCCAGUGUGAGUUACUUCCUGGGGGUUUUCUGUUGAAAGCUGACGUCCCCGGGCUGUGUUGGCUUUGGUGGCCCCGGCUGGGUGGUGCAGGAUGGGACCCGCAGGUGCCCCUGGAGCCUGGCCAGGCAGCGGGUACAAGCUCAGCCCCCGCACGCCGCCUCCUGCCUGCGUCGGCUCUGCCCGUAGAAACCCCCCAAAGUGACCCCAAUCCUUCGUGCAGACCCGGCUCCCGCAGGGUGCAGUCGCUGCCCGUCCCCGGUCGCCGCAGCAUCGCCCAGGGUGCUGCCAGGCUGGGUGCGGGCAGGGGGAUGCCAGGCGCCCGCGGGGGUGCUGAGGCCGGGGUGCCCCCAAGGGAUGGGGGCAGUGACGUGAAAGCCAAGUAUGGCUCUUUUUCUUUUCUUUUUUAAUUAUUAUUUUUACUGUGACUAAACAGCCUGCUUUAAUGCUAUUUGCAGCUUGUUCUUUAACGAGUUUGGGACUAUGAACAGGGGCGAGGUGCACCGAGGGGCCCUUCGGUGGCCGUGCUCUUCUUUUCUUUCCUGCUUUGGUUCCUCAAUCCAGACGGCGCUUUGCUCAGGGUUUUCUUCCUUCUUUGUAUUUCCAUUGGGAAAGGGGGAGGGGGCAGAGGAUAACCCAACUUUUGGCCAUUUGUUUUGUUUUCUUCGAUACUUGAAGCAGUUUUUUGCAUCGUAAUAACAAAGCUGUCCGGAGCUUCGCCUGUUCCACUGCUCCUUGCCCCGAGGAAAAAAAAAAAAAAAAAAUCACUGACGGCGUGGUUUCUGCCCCACGUCUCGCACAGCGCGCUGGGUUUUUGGCACGGCUUGGGAGGACCGCGAUGCCCCGGCCUGGGUGCCGUGCCGCAGCGGAUUGGGGGGGCGGCCGGUGCGGUGAGCCCGGUUUUGGGGAGCAGGGACGAGCGCGGCCGGGGGCUCUAUUUGCACUUUACCCACGUCGGCAAACGAAACUCGCACUCUUGCCGAAGCCCGGAGCUCGUCCCCUGCCCGGCGGCACCGUGGGAGGAGGACAAAGCUGAGCGGGGGGACCAGAGGGCUGAGUUUGGGGUGAGCCGCUUCCCCAGCCAGCCGCCCCCGAGGAGAGCGAGCGCCCCAGCUCCCUUGGCCCUGGGGGUGUCCCCGUCCCCCCGGGAGCGGCUGCUGGGGGACCAGCUCCGGGGCAGCUCGGCCGGGCUGGCGGCGCUCGGAGGGGGGGGGUGGUCAGGUUUGGCCGAGGACAACACCCCCCCCCCCCGAUCCCUCUUCACCUCCCCAAAAGUUUGGGUUUGCCAAAAGUUUGAGGCAAGCCGGGAGAGCGGGUCCGGGCGCUGGAGAUCAGAAGUCGUCCCUUGUGCGUGUGUCUGUGCGCGGAUGCGUGGGUGUGCCUGUGCACAUAUAUAUCUAUAUAUCUAUACAUGUUCUAAGGAUACUGCGAAGGAUUCCUCCUCCUUUUUGGCACUUGCUGGGGUUUGGCGAGCAGGCCGAGCCCUCCAGCCGGGGUUCGCACUUGGCUGUAGGUAUUAAUUAGGUAUUAAUUCUGGACCAAACCCGCGCCCAGAGAGACGGCCCUGGCCGGGGGGGCCACCCCGGGGGGCAGCAGCAGAAGUACUUGAAUGGCUUAGGACAGAGAGUCUGAAGAGAGUCAAGUUGCACAGUGAAAAUAUAUAUUUUUAUACCUAGCACAACUUCCUGUAUAUUUUUGGGGUUUUUUCCUUUCUUUUUUUUUUCUUUCCUUUUUUUUUUUUUUGUUUGAUUUGGGUUUGUUUGUUUUAUUAAUUAUUAUUAUUAGGAAGGCAAACUUCUAAAAUGUGAAGGGUGAUGGGUUUUUCCUUAUCUGGUAGAUGAGGGCAAGCAUUUUGCACUAAUGUUUCCUGUGUGUGGAGGAUUAAUGAUAUGUUUGAAAAUGUUAUAUGGUAAUGAUUGUAUUCUUCUGAAAACAAAAAAAAAAACCAAAAAAAAACCACAAAAAAAAAGCAACCCCUUUAAAAUACUGAAUGUAAGGUGGGAACAGAGCAGUCCAUCGAUUGUAUGCGGCUUUCCUGAGUGCCUUAGAAUUUUUUGAUCAUUUUUUUCCAAGGAAAACAGACUAAGAAGAUCAGAUCAUAACCGACUCCUUCCUCCUCUUUGUUUACGACACUAUUUUAAAUUAUAGAAUUUGGGGCUGCUUUAUAAUGUGAAUAGGAAACUGCAUUCAUCUAGGUCUGAUAGUGUAAAAUCAAAGCAUCAGUAUUUAUGGUAUGUCUGCACCUUUAUUCUUAUGCUUGACUAUUAGCAAUAUUACAUGUAUAUUAUAUAUCUAAAGUUAUACCAAGCACCUUUAAAGAAAACGGAGUGUAAGCAUACAAGUUACCUGCAGCUGCCAUAUAGUGUAGAAGCCAGCCCCUCUCCUCCUCGUUAGCGCCAAUUAACACCAUCCCCAGAGCUGCUGCUUUGCGGAAGGGCUGCAUGACCUUCUGCCGCACCGCGGUCCCACCGCUCGGCGUCCCGCGGGUCCAGCUUUGGCCGGGGGUCACGGUGACCCCCCCGGUGUCCCAACGGGCCCGUGACCCUUCCACGCUGGUCGCGGCGACGCCGGCGCAGGCUCGGCAGGAGGGACGGGGACGGUGUUGCCGCGUUGCCGGCAGAAGAUGGGGAGCGGGUCCUUUUUGCCAUCUUGAUGGUUUAAUUCUUUAACUGUGGUUUCACCCUAGAAAUCCCCCCCAGGGGUGCCGGGGAGCCCGGUCGCGGGUGGCAGGCACCGGGGUUCCCCUCCUCCGGCCCAGGGAGGGGUUCAACCCGACCCAGCCCCCCCAAAACUGGAAUCGCCCAUGGCUUAACCGGCGUUGGAGGGGAGCGGAGCAUCCUGGCCGCGGUGCUGUGCAGGGGGCUGCCGCCUCCCCUCAGCCCCUCGCCCCCGGGGUUUUGCUGAGAUCGCUUGGUUUUCUGGAAAUCGCGAGUGGGGAGGGGGCGUACGCCCCGAUAAUGGGGAGGGGGGCACGACCCAGAGGAGCCCCGGCAGUGAACCCCCGCCGCCACGUUGCCGGCCCGCGGCCAUCUCGGGCGUCAACUGCCCUUCCGAGCGUUCCCGCCGGCCGCACCGGCCGUGCCGGCAACCAGCGAGCCCCGAGCGUGCUGCCUGGCACCGGGAGCCGGCGGGGUGGGAGGGAAGGGAACGGGGGGACCCCCCCCUACCCCCCUCGGCCCCGCUCCCCAGGGGUGGGGGGCUGACGUCUAACGCACUCACAUUGGAAACCCCUCAACGCCUCCGAUGAGUUUCUUCCACUGUUAAGCGUUUUGCACACAAAAUUGUGAUUUUUAUGUCAAGGUAAAAGCCAAAACUUGCAAUACUAUUUUUAGCAGACAAAAAUAAAUAAAUAAAUAAUAAAUAAAUAAAACAACUGAGUAUAAAUGUAUAAAUAUUUUUGACUUGAACAUUUGGAUGGCACUUGAUUCAAAUAGAACAUUAAUCCUUUGGACAGAAUGUUUGGGAAAAAAGGACUUAAAGUACAAGGUUGUUUUUAAAGCGUCUUCAUAGGGUAUUAAGUAGUACUGUAAUUCAUGACUGUUAAAAAUACUUUCUGUGCUGUAAGGAAAUCUCACAGUACCACUGAAUUAUGUUCCUCAACUGUCUCAGCCACGAACGAUGCUAGCUUCUUUUUUUUUUUUUUUUAUCGUGCAUUAUUCACUAGUAUUUAUGUGCUCUUACUCUGUAUAGUUAAGACUGUUAUUUUGUAGCCAUGGCUGACAUGAUAUAUCAGUAACUAAAAAAAAAAAAAAAAAGAGAGAGAAAAGAUUAAGACCCCCCCGAGUUGGAACUGUGCUCAUAGCUGUUUUCAUAUGAUGAAAAAUCCAUUUAAAAAAAAAAAAAACAAACCUCAAUGUGAUCAUUAAUUGUAA